GUUGUAAUUAUUUUACAAUAUAACCUCUUUCGUGAUAAUCGAUAUCGAGAUACGAUAUCGAUUGUUGGAGGACCACAGCAGACUGACUUACAUACACAUAAUCAAAUACGUAUAUGUGAAGUGAAGAUAACGUUGGUGUAUGUGUAUGUGUGUGUGUAUGUAUGUAUGGUAUACCAUGCGCCAUUCAAAGGAUUGCGCAAAAUUUACUUACACUAUGAUAUUAGAAUUAAUAAACAAUGAGAUUCUAAUUACUUCGCGUCAAUAGCUUUAGUUUAACCAUAAUACAAAGUCAAGGUAAAGAAGUGUGAUUGUUAAAAUUGUAAUCAUCACAAACAUGUUUACUUUAACCAAUAUAUGUUUUAAUAAAGUAAUUACGAAUGCAAGAAAAUGUUUUAUCUAUAAUAAAUGUAAAAGAGGUUGUAAAACUUAUGUGCAAGGUCAAUCACCAGAACCACGUAUAAGGGAAUAUUUUUAUUAUAUUGAUCAUCAAGGCAUGUUAUUUUUGGAUGAUGUACGUAUUAGAAAUUUUACAUCCUGUUUCAAAGACAAAAAAUUUUUGACAUUUUUCUUCCAACGACUCAAAAUAAAUGAUACUGGACGAUACAUGGAAGAAUUUCCAUACAUCUCUCUAUGUGGUUUAGAAAGGAACUUUGUUAAGUGCGAUGAUCUUCCCAUAGUAUUCACGAAAAUCAUGGAAAAAUAUAAUGUAGAACUUGAUCAAAAGAAGGAUUGGUUUGGUUAUUCGUAUGCCGAAAAAUUACUUAGGGUACCAUUUGAACCAGAAAAAUUAUUAAUGGACCCUACAACAGGUAGAGUGUAUCAUCCUGCUCCUGAAAAAGUAGGAGGUAUUGGCCUAGUAAGAUCUAAAAUUGCUAUUGAAUUGAGUAUUCAUUUUUGUUUUGAAAAUGGAGAAGAUCAAGGUCCAACUCAUUUUCAAUGGAAAGAUAAAAAAUACUCGAUCGAUAAUGAAUGGUACAAAAACAGUAUAAAAUAUAAAGAUAAAUAGAUAUAGAUUAUUAUUUUCCUAAUAUGUAUAUUUUUCUAUGUUCGUA